AAAGAUAUAAUUCACAUAAAAAUUUUCUACUCGAAACCAAAUUUAAACUCGAACCACCGAGUUAACAUUUAAAUUGUUUCAUUCGUUUUUAAUCAUCAUAUAUAUUUUUCUACUCAAUCUAACCUUCUUUUGUUAUAAUUAAUAUCACAAUCAACAACUAAUUAAUUACCACAAACUACUUAGAUAAAUUAAUUGGUCCAAAACCAUAACUGAAUCAGCUAAUUGUUAAAAUCAAUUGAUGAAACAUUGAAAAUAAACAAACAACUUGAAGAGAAACAAAAAUGACAACAAAAGUGAAUACAAAAAAAAAGACUUGAAGUUAACAAUUGAAACAAAAAUCAACUAAUCAACUUAGCUAAUUGUGGUAUCAAUUGAUUGUGAAUAGUCAAAGUAUUGAUCAAUCAGUUAACAAUUUGCAAAGUUAAUUCAAAUUUCCAAUGGUUUUUGUGAUCCAACAACAUUAGUGAAAGUGAAUAAAUCAAAAAGCCUUCAAAUCAACUUAACUUUUUAAACAUCAACAAUCAACAAUCAACCUCAUCAUCCUAAUAAUCUUAAUCAUCGUCAGUUUAUGUUUAUUAAUGAAGAAAAGUUUAUUUUUGUUUCGUUUAAUUUAGUUAAUUUAGCAAAAAGUUAAUUCUGUUUAUCAAUCGACUGUCCGUUAAUCAAGACUAACCUUUCACAUCGUUUAGAUUUCAAGGGUAAACCAAACAUUUACUUUAAUCAUCAACGUAAUUAACUUUUAACUAUUUCACUGGAAUCAAUUGUAACCCUUCAUCCCUUCAAGCAAUUAACCUUUACCAAGGGUUGAUUGUUGAUUAGCUUUACAUUUCAAAUGUAAAUUGUUACAACUGAAAAACGGUCGGUCUUUAAAUUGUUGAAACAUUUUAAAUUUACAUGGAUAAUCAGUUAAGAUUCAAUUCACCAUUAAGUUAAUCAUUUCACAGAAAGAGUGAGAAUCCUCAGUGAUUAACAAUUAUUAAAAUGAUGAGAAAUGGAUGAUGAAGAUGAUGAAGAUCAUUUGUUUGAUUUUACUUUGUUACAGUUCAUUUGAUUAGUUAACAAUUAACCCAACAAUCAACUUUUCUUAACGUUACAAUUGUUUCAAGUUUCCAGGAAAAUUAAUAAUAAACAAACAAAAUGGUUACCAUUAAAUUAGAAACAAUAAUAACAUUGAAAGAAAUUAAUUUCUACAAUCAAAAGUUGUCUACAAUUGUAAAUAAUCAAUUACUAAUCAUCAAUGGAUCGUAAUUAGUUCAAUUACAAUCGAUACAAAUUUGUUCACAAUUAAUACAAAUCAAUAAGUUUUCAAUGGUUUCGAUAUGUUGACAAAAUGAGCUGAUGGAUAAAGGAAAAGGAAAACGGAAUUUUGUUCCCAAUUUAAUCAACAAUUAACUAAUCAUCAUCAGAAAACGUAAAUGUAAGUUGUUUACAGUUCUCGGUAGUUUAUUAAUAUACUAAGAAACAAAAGAACUCAAAAGAAAGAGAAGAUAGAAAGAGGAUGAGGAAGAUAAAGAAAGAGAGUGAUGAAAGACUGACAAACUUUUUCUUCCCUAAUCAUCAUCCUAAUCAUUUCCUUAGACAAUCAGCUUGAUUUAAGAAAAAUUUAAACUAUUAAGUUUCCCGCAAAGAUGAUUAUGAUUAACAUGAUGUUGAUGAUUAUGUUGAUUAAGAUGAUGAUGAAAAUGACUGGUUGCCAUCAAGAAACCAUCAAUAAAUACACAGAAACCUAAUCAUCGAUUCGAGGGUAAUAAAUUUAAACAAUUUAAAGUAAUAAUUUUAACCUAUUUUCAUCUUCAUCUUCAUCUUCAUCUUUAUCCUCAUCCUUAUCUUCAUCAUCUCCAUCCUCAUCUUUAUCCCUUUCAUGAUCUUUGCCCUUUUACUUGAAAGUAGAUUUGGUUUGAGCUCAUAAAGUUUUCCCUCAUCCCAAUGAACUUUGUGCUCGUUUAAUUAACUAACCAUGUUAUUUACAAUUAACUAAUCAUCAUCCUCAUCCUCAUCUUCAUCUUUUAUCAUCAUAACAAUUUUCAUCUUUUAAAUUGGUUACUUUGAACUUGCCUGUGUUUCAAUGAUCAUUGAUAAUUUGCCUUAAUAGUUGAUUUCUUGAUUGAGUUUUCUUUCCCAAUUAACUUAUUGUUACAAGUGAACAAUUUAAUUAACCAUGAUGAUCAUCAGGCGAAAAAUUAACUUUCAAGUUUACAUGUUAAUCUAUCCAAUUGAUUUUGUUUAACUUUUUCAAGUAACAAUCAAUCGUUAAUCAAGUUUUCACUUUAAUUUAACUUUUGCUUUUCUUAAUUGUUUCACUUUUGUUUUUUUUUGUUAAUUUCGUCGUUUCCUUUUCUUAAUUGUUACAAUGGUUUCUUAAAUUUAUAUUUGAUUGUGCUGGUUGACAAUUAAAAACCAUGGAAACUGAUUUACAUGGAUGAAUACGUUGAAAUAUCGGAAAGAAAGACAAGAGAGGCAAUUCAUCAUCAUCAUCUUCAUCAUCCUCAUCCUCAUCUUCAUCACAAUCAACUUGAUCAUAAAUUGUGCUACUCAGGUAAUACGAUAAAUAACUCAUUGUGCCAAGGAUCAUCAUUUAAUCAUCAUCCUAAUGAUCAAAUUCAAUCAUCAUCAUCAUCAUCGUCAAGUAAAUUGUCACCAACAAAUCAACAAUUUGAUCCUCAAUCAACAACCAUUACAACAAUCAGAUCAUCAUCAUCGAUUAAAUUGGUUAAUCGUAAUUUAAACUCACCAAUUAUUUCACUUUUCAAAUCAUUUGUUUCUUGGCCUUUGGAUAAUCAACUGAUCACUUCCAUCAUUAUGAUUGACGUUUUCAAAUCACUUCGAACUUUUCUCAAAAUUUCCCGUGUUCAUAUCGACAACAGUAUCUUGCGACUUCACUAUUCAUUAACGGUUAUCCUUUUAAUUGCUUUCUGUGUGGUGGUAACGACUAAACAAUAUGUCGGUGAUCCUAUUGAUUGUAUUAAAGAUGAAAAUAUCCCACCGUCAGUGAUUAACACCUAUUGUUGGAUCCACACCACGUACACAAUUCCCAGAGCAUUGGCUCGUUCAGGAUCAAGAGGAUUCCCUCACCCAGGCAUCGACAGUACUCAAGAUGAAACCGAAUUCAGGUAUCACAAGUAUUACCAAUGGGUGUGUUUCGUUCUAUUCAUCCAGGCAACUCUUUUCUACAUUCCAAGAUGGCUUUGGAAACUAUGGGAAGGCGGUAAAAUAGCAGCGCUCAUGAUGGACUUAGAUGUCGGAAUCUGUACUGAGCCAGAAAAGAGUAACAAGAAAAAGCUUCUAGUGGACUAUUUGAACGCGAGCGAAGGUCAUCAUGAUUGGUACGCCGCUAGAUUUUUUUUCUGUGAGAUUUUGUUUCUUGCCAAUGUGACCGGUCAAAUGUACAUGUUGGACAAAUUUUUCGAAGGUGAGUUCCUUCGUUAUGGUAUCGAAGUAAUCCAGUUUUUCCAAAUGGAUCAAGAAGAUCGGAUUGACCCAAUGACCAGAAUAUUCCCCAAAGUGACCAAAUGCCGAUUCUUCAAGUAUGGACCAUCAGCAGGUCUAAUUUCAAUCGACGCUCUUUGCCUUCUACCAUUGAACAUAAUCAACGAAAAGAUUUACAUCUUCAUUUGGUUCUGGUUUUAUACUCUUACCUUUCUUACUGGUUCCAUGAUAUUGGUCCAUCUAAUUGUGAUCGCCUGUCCACCAGUACGAGUUUACAUUCUUCACACACAAUUCCGUACUUCUCAGCUUGACCAUCUACACACAAUCGUGAGAAAAAAAUCCAUCGGCGAUUGGUUCUUAUUGUACAUGUUAGGUCAGAAUAUCGACUCCGUUGUGUUCAAAGACGUUCUCAAAGAACUGGCAACAUCCAGUGAUUCACAGCCCAAGGAAUCACACAGCUGAUAAUUGUUUUAAUUGUUCAUCGUAUCAUCAGCUGAUUUAAUCAUCAUCAUCAUCAUCAUCGCCAUCAAACAUUUCACACAACUGACCAUUCGUGCCCCCGACAUUUGUGCCCUCAUCAAAAGUGACCUUAAAUGUUUUGUCUCGUUCAAAUGUGUGACCAAUUGUGGCCUUUCAGUUAAUUGUGUUGAUCUUUGUGACUUAAUUAUCUUGCAGCAAUUAACUGAUUUCCCUGAUUGUUUAUGUAAAUAGUUGACAGAGUUAAUUGUUUACUGUUAACUCUCUGUGUCCAUUGUUACGGCUUCUUGUCCAGUAACUUUAGGCUGAUUGGUUUUAAAUUAAUUAAUUUAAUCCACUAAUUACUGACUCUUAAUUGAUCACUAAUCAUUUCUACAAUUUUAAUUGUUUUCUUUUGUUUUCGCCCUCUCCAAUCAAAGUUUUCCUUGCUCUCUCUCUCAACUAAUUUGAUUGUUUAUCAAAUUGUCCAGUUAAUUAAUUUUUGCAAACAAACAUUUUUUUACUUAGGUUUUAAUUGUUUUGAUUGCAUUUUGUCAGCUAAAAUGAACACCUUAAUUUGAUGACUGCCAAUUAGUUAAUUUAAUUGUUGUAUACUUGAGUGUUUUUUGUUUUUCAACUAUUAAUUUGACCCUUCAAAUUAAUCAGUUUUAAUUGUUAACAAUUAACCAUCGAUUGAAAGUUUUGUCAAAUAAAUCAUCAAAUUCAUCAUCGAUUAUAAUAAUAAUUAAUUCAAAUUACUUGAAUAAUUGUUUUUAAUUCAUGUCAAUUUAGCAAAUUAACUUUGCUAAUUGUGUAAAAUUUUUGAUUCACAAUCAAGAAACGUUAAUUUUAAUUAAAAAGCCAACAAUUGAUUGUCAAUAUUCAAUCUUAAUGGUUGAUUAAUUUGUCGCUUAAUUUGAUUCGCAUUUGAUUAAGAUUAACUCGGUGUCAACAAUUUGAUUUAUGAGAUUGUUAAUCCUUAACUAAUUUAGCUAAUUGUCAUCUAAUUGUAUCUCUGAUCCAGUGUUUCUUUCAAUUUCAUGAUCAUGAUUGAUGUAAUCAACCCAAUCCAUCACUGAUUGUUGUAAUUAACUCUUACAAUCAUUUCAAUUAACUGAAUGAAUGAAAAAUAAAUAUUGAAUGAGUGAAUUACAAACAAUUAAA